GCUGACAGGACGACGAUAGCGCCGGCGCUUAGUUAGUUUUAGCAGUUAGCAGGAUACUUUCGGAUACUUGUUGAUAGUUACCCUCUUCUCUUUUAUAUCUUCCUCUGUCUGGUCUGUCUUUUUUCUAGUUAGGUCGGCUCCACCACAAUUAACAUGCUGUGCUGAUCCAGUAUUCCUAAAGUUAUAAACAAGAACACUACAUCUGCAAGUACAACAGUUUGUUCUUGUUCUUGCUUGCUGAGUUGUACAAUCGUCCUAGAAAGAACAUGCGCAUCGUCUCAAGUACCGAGCAAGAGGACACUCAUGGCGACGAGGUUGAUAUUCAGGAAGGCCUUUCUGGGUAUCAGGGAGUAGUCGGAACAGGAGAUGCAAAGGAUUUCAGUGGUGUGUGAGCCGCGCCGCCUGUUGUCGCAUUUGAUGUCGCUGGUAUCUGUAAGUUAUGAUGUUAGCGGGAGAAAGACCAAGAUGAAAUACACAUAACGUAUCCUGAUGACCGAGUAUUAUGGGUCAUUGCUUUUGGCAAGUGAGAUCUUCGCCCAGGUCUGCUUCCAGAAACUGCGCCUUGUCUCUUCGAUGCGGCUGCUCGGCUCUCGGUUUUGCCCCUUUAGUGCAAGGCUCGCUCGCGUACCACCGUGGUCUGGUAAUGAAUCUUUCCGCUCGCUCUGCCCCUCUUCGCUGCUGGGAUCUCGUACGCCUCUCCUUUCAAAACUUAUAACAACUUUAGAUAGCGCCACUUACUACAGUACACCACGACGACGUUGCUAACCUUCAUACUUUUUCACCACGAUGAAGAUAAAACAGAACAGCAAGUAGGUAGUAACAUCUAGCUGUAAUAUCCGUAAUUCGUCUCCUGCAAUGAAUUCGGUUUUGACUAGCAAAUUCUUGACAAGCAGAUUUCCAAUGAGGAUGACUUCAACGGCGCAACAGGAGGAAAGAAAAAGAGCAAAAACGCGAAGAUUUAGCGAAAGUUAAGACAUAUGUCUAUAACUACAGUAGUAGUCGUUCCUCGUAAUAUUGUGUACAUGUACUUUGAGACUUUACUCGUUGUAUAAUCAAAUUUCAUACCCUUCCUGAAACGAUUAAUGAGAAGCACGGGCUACAAGUACGACUUCAAGGUUAGCGACCUUAGUCUCUAAAAAAUGGUAGCGGAGCAAGCGGCGCAGGCAGUUCUUCCUCAGCACGGGUCCGAAACGCAGCAAAAAAUCCACUCUCUUGAUGGACUAAUCGAGAUUGUAAUCGCACGCCGAAUGGCAAAUGACGAUAUCGAAAAAAGUGAGAGGGAGAAUAUUGUAGGUCACUGGUGUUUCGGUAGAUUUUCAUUAGGUAGUGUAAUCUAUCAGAAGUUGUUGUUCUCUCCAUUUAACAACUACUUUCAAGAGUUUUUUUUGUGCGGGUACAUCAAGCGGAAGAAGCAUUCUUGAAGAAGAUGAACAAGGCAGUGCUAUUCGACUACAUCAGGUGAAGAUAGACAUGGCAAAUAUUCAACUUCACACGAAAGAUGCUACUGCUGGGCAGAUCACAUUUAAUAUCAUGUUGAACAUGAAGGAAAAUCGAGCAGCAUCAAAGUAACACACUUCAUUGCAAAUUAUCGCUUGUGG